AUGGCCAAGAGGAAGAACCACACGAACCACAAUCAGAACAGAAAGGAUCAUCGAAAUGGAAUCAAGAAGGCACGGAUGCCGCAGUUUUCUGAGUUUCUGGGGCUGCAUCCUGCAACCUUGAUGAGGAUUGAGGAGGCAUCAAGUUUAUGGAAUGCAUCUGUCUCAAGAAAAUAA